AUGGCUGCCAACUUUCCUCCUCCACCAACACCUGCCAUCGACUGGACGAACAUCGGCUUCAAAGUCCGAGAAGUAAACGGCCAUGUUGAAUCCCACUUCUCUCACUCCGGCGACGCCCAAUGGUCGACCCCCCGUUUCGUCAAGUCGCCCUUCCUACAGCUGCACGGCAUGGCACCGGCCCUCAACUACGGCCAGCAAGCAUACGAAGGCAUGAAAGCAUUCCGCCACGCUCCCUCAGCAUCCCAUCCAAACGGCCGUGUCGUCAUCUUCAGACCAGACCGGAACGCAGCGCGCCUGCAUCACUCAGCGCAGUUCGUCUCCAUACCCCCCGUUCCCAAGGAGCAUUUCGUCAACUGCAUCGUUCGAGCCGUGAGUGCAAAUGCAGAGUUUGUUCCACCCAACGAGACUCGUGCGGCGAUGUAUAUACGUCCGUUGCUGCUGGGUAGUUCGGCGCAGCUAGGCCUUACACCGCCGGACGAAUAUACCUUUGUUGUCUUCGUGAUGCCUACGGGUGUGUACCAUGGUGUUCAUGCCGUUGAGGCUCUGGUGCUCGAGGACUUUGAUAGAUCUGCCCCCGAGGGAACUGGUAGCGCGAAACUUGGAGGAAACUAUGCACCUGUGCUACGCCAUUCGGACAAAGCUAGAGGUCAAGGGUACGGCAUCACGCUUCAUCUGGAUAGCAAGACGAGGUCUGAAAUCGACGAGUUUUCGACCUCGGCUUUUAUCGGGGUAAAGAAGCGUGAUGGACAGAUUACGCUUGUGUUUCCUGAUAGUAAGAACGUGAUUGAUAGUGUCACUGCGGCUUCGGUCAAGGAGAUUGGAGAGCACAUGUUGGGGUACAAGGUCGAGAAGAGAGCUGUCAAGUAUGAUGAGCUGGGCUCGUUUGAUGAAGUUAUGGCUGCUGGAACGGCUGCGGCACUGGUGCCGAUCCGAAGUAUCACGAUGAAGUCGAAGGGUGACAAGUUUGAGUAUGAUGCCGGUGCUGCCGGUGAGGGAGGAGAAGUGUUUAAUAAGUUGAUUAAGACGCUUCAGGGGAUCCAGCUGGGCGAGAUCGAGGACAAGUUUGGAUGGCUGGUUGAUGCUGAAAAGCUGGAGGAUGGAUGGACGGAGCAGUAG